GCACAAGCUCAUGUGGCCCGGGCACAUCCCAUAUAUAAUGCACCUGCAUGAUUGUAUUGUUUCCCUCAAGCAAACAAGUUAUCCUUCACGUCCCUGCUCCCCACAACACGGUAAUUAUUUGGGAAAGGAUACCUCAAACUGCAAUGGCGCUCAACCAUAAUACACAGACGGAGGAUCUAUCAAGUUCGUUUGGUUACCUAAACUUGCUAGUAGUGCGAUUUGGCUGAUCCUGCCCAUUAUUCUUGGCUACAUCCUUUGCUCUCGACUUUGCUUUCACCGUUUAUGUGUUUUAGGUCAGCAGGACCAACCACCACCUUAUUCAUUCGAGCCCCCCAUCCAAACCUCACCCCCCAUCCAAACCUCAUUCCUGAGACGAGUCAUUAUGAAUUCAAUGCAGCAUCAAAACACACAUCCCCGCACCUGUGCAAUCCACCGCCUUGUGGACGAUCUUCUACGCCUCAUUUUCAUUGAAUGUCUGCCAACUAUCCCGAUAUCUGAUCCCAGGUUUCCCACUAUCUUCAUGCAAUCACACCCCUUGAACGUAUUGACCAAGGUCUGUACUCAAUGGAGCCAGUUAGCAGUUGGGACCUCUGAAUUAUGGCGGGAUAUACGCAUUGACUUUGUCGACUGUGAUGUUGAUUAUAAGGCAGGAUUCUGGAAUGAGUUAGGGAAAGGCAUCUUGGAAUUUUGGUUUGAUCAGAGUGCUGCUCACAUGCUUCAGGUAGAGCUGAUCAUCGAGGAACCCAAUUAUGCAGACCACCAUUGGGGUGAUCCAAAGCAUCAGAACCUGGACAUAUCUUUUCCAAGAUGUAUGCGGUCCUUUGAUGAUGCAUUUUCCAUGUUGCCUUGGGCCCGUCUCCACCACCUUGGGCUUCGGGGAGUUGGAAUCACGCCCACCCAGGCGCUUGCUCUUCGAGACUGUACCAAACUCCACUCUUUGGUCUUAACAAAUAUCUACAGCUGGGAUCCCAAUCUUGACCAUUCACUACCCUCCAAAUCAUCUAUCAUACUUCCUGACCUUUAUCAGCUUACCACCAGCUUAGGAGUAUCAGAUCAUUGGGAGUAUUUAGAAGAUCUCCACGCUGAGAAUCUCAUUGACCUAACACUACACCUAAUGGCACGGGUACACGUCGACGAAAUGUUAUCAUCAUUUCUCAGUUUCUGUCAAAAAUCCCAUUGCAGGCUAGAACACCUCACUCUUGUUUAUGCUUGGACACCGACUGCAGACAAUGUCCGUGAAAUAUUCAGGACUUUGCCAACACUGAAAUCAUUCAAUGCCAUUGAGGGUUCUGAGAGUGAGGCAAAAUGGGGCGAGCCUUUUCUCAAUGAGGAUGUCUUUGUGUCACUCAUUUGGGAACCUCAGUGGGGGCCAGUGCUUCUUCCAUUGCUUCAAACCUUCACUGGAAAUCGAAUGGAUAACGAUGCUUUUGAUGUAGCAAUGGCAUUUAUGGAAAGUCGUGUCAAUCAAGGAUUGAAGAAGGUUUCUUUCGACAUUGAGGCUGGUGAUUCCUACAAGGAUGUUCGGGAAAGACUGGAAAAGUUGAAGAUGCUCGGUUUGGAUGUUUCUGGUAUUGGUCUUACUAGAUAAAACUGAUUGCAAAAUUGUAGAAUUGUAGAGUGAGAGAUUGGACCGACUGUAGACAGUACGCAUAUCUCACCCUGCACAUAUAAUUUUGUGUGUAUGUCUUCUUUUUUACUAUAUUUUAUUACCUCGAGGAUACACCUACUCAUCUACUGGUCCGAGCCUCUGUAUCGAUCCGCACUUAGAACGCCAACUCACCUUACAGAAUAUUUUAAGCACAUCAUUCAUAUAAUAAG